GGUUGUGGGAGACAGGGCAUGAACUGAAAAUUUUAAACAUCUGAAAAAAAUUAUAUAGUGUAUUUAAUCCACUUAAUGUUUCACUUACUACAGGGUAAGAGUAGAUUUCAAAAGUAAGCUGAAAUGUAUUACUUUCUUGUAUUUUGGAGAGAAUAAAAUUCUCAUGUCUAAAUGCUUUUUUUUUUCCUUUUCUUUUUUCCUUCUUUUUGGAGGUGUUGGAGAAAAUUUGACAGAUCCAUCAGUUAUAAAACCAGAGGAUAAGCAAUCAAGAGGAAUGGUGUUUGGACCAGCCAAUUUAGGCGAAGAUGCAAUUAGAAACUUCAUUGCAAAGCACCGUUGCAACUCCUGCUGCCGGAAGCUCAAACUCCUGGAUUUAAAACGGAAUGACUAUUCCCCUGGAAGAAUAAAGUCCACAUUUGGACUUGAAAUCAAAAGAGGUCCUACAGAGGGACCUUCAGCAGGAGAAAGGGGUGUUAAUUCUCCAGAAGACCUCACACGACUAUGAAAAGAGGAGGGGUGAGGGGAUGGAAGCCCCUCCCUUCCUCUUUUUGUGGUAAAGUCAGCUGGUGGAUGUCACCUUGACUAUGGACUGUGUUGGAGCUCUCUUAUACUGAGGCCCUCCUUGGGCAGUGCCUUUGAGACUUAUGUCUCCUCCUGUCUAAAGAUAUCUGUGUAAUGAAAGCAUGCUUUUGCGUGUCUCCGACAUUGUCAGGUUAUCAAGAACACAAGGAUCAGCCAGUGGGAAUUCUGCUUGCUUAUACCUCAUGACUCUAGCUGGUCUCCUGGAUCCCCCAGAGCAGAAAGCUGGACACAAAGGAACCAGGAAGAUUAAUUUAUUUUGUUACCAUGUGUGCAGACUCUUGUCCUCACUGCCAUUCAUUGCUUCACACAUUUUGUAUUUAUGUAUAUAUGUACAUAAAAAUGGUCUUGACUUUCCUCUUCUCCCUCUCCACCAGCACAGGACUUUGAAUAGUCACAAUUAGGUAAAUUAUGGAAGGAAGAUGCAUUUGCACAGGCCACACUCUUGCACAAACCAGUUAGUAGAAAAUUAGUACCCUGGUGAAAUCUAGGUGGGUUUGAGUAUUGCCAGUGAAUCAUAUGAUGUCUGGGCAUUUCAGCUAUCUCUGAAAGAAAGGAAAACAUA